GUUUGGGGUGACACCACCCUGGUCCGGCAGCUGCUGAGUGCAAAGGCGGACGUGACGGCAACGGAUGGCCGCCCGGGAGAAUCCUUACAGCCGUCGCAUGUCGCAGCUCUUCACGGGCAUCAGCAAGUCCUGGAGCUGCUCCUCCGAGCAAUGCCGACCAGAGACCCCGAUCUGCCAAAGGGGCUGCUCCAUCGGGCUGUGAUGCAAGGCCACACCAGCCUGGCAGAGUUUGUCUUGAAUAUGGAAAUUGCGCCGGAUGUGUCCGAGCCUUUUGGACCGGAGGGGGCGCAGCCCCUCCACUUCGCAGCCAAGGCCGGCCAUGCGGAGGCCGUGGACUUCCUCUUAGGUCGCCGGGCCGGGCUGGAAUCGAUCUCCAAGACGGAGGGCUUCACAGCCAUGCAUUUUGCGGCCGCCAUGGGUCACAUGGAGGUAACGAAAGCUUUGAUGAAAAGAGGCUGCCGCCAGGUCAAGGAAAAGAGGGGCUUGCUCCCCAUUCACCUUGCCGUCAAAGCCAACAGCCCUGCCCUGGUCCAAGAGCUGAUGAAAGUGUCUCUCCCUUCCGAUCUGGCCCAUUUCUCGGCCGAAGGGGGCCGAAAAGAAGUCCUCCGCAAAGUGCUGCGAUCGAGACCCAACCUGGGAAGAAAUCAAGACGCUCGCGGCUUUCGGCCUCUGCACAUGGCGGCCCUCGCAGGCCACCUGGACAUUUUGGACCUUCUGGUCCGUGAGGAGCGUCUUCCGGUCGGCGAUGCAGACACGCAGGGCUUCACGGCCGUGCACUUCGCAGCCAAGUCUGGCCACCGUGCGACUGUCCGGCUUCUUGCGGCCAUGAAGGCGGACCUGAAGGUGCGCUCCAAGGAUGGCACCACAGCCUGGGAUGUAGCCCGAAAGCUGGGGCAUUCGCCCCUGGACCUCGGGCUGCCAGCUCCAAAGGCAAAGGCUCCAAGCAGGCCGCUGCGACCAAUCCCUGCCGAGCGCUUUGCUGACAAAUCGCCACCCGAGACGGAUGCGGGAUUGCUUCAACAGGUUCUGGCACUCCUGGAUGUCACGGGUCCCCUUCUGCCUUUGAGCGAUGGCCGCCUGGCCGAUCUCCUGGAGCAAGGCGGUUUGAAGAACCCCGAGGAGCGCUUGCACUGGCCGCCGG